AAGCUAUUUUCAUAUACUGUCUGUAAAGUCUUCCAAACACUCCCGUUGACAUAUUUGAAGUUACUUUUAAUCAUGGUUUGAAUCUUGUGAUUCAAUUUAAUUUACAAUUAAAAAAUUGGGCUAAACAAUUUACAAUUUUAAUAGCUAUUCAAUUUAAUCUGCUAUCUGUAAAUGCUUUUUAUACAAUAUAUUUUUUGGAACUUUCCCUCUAUGGUGAAACUUUAACUGAAUUGUUUAUGCAGGCUGCAAAGAUUCUUGCGAACUUGAUUGUGAUUGGUGGAGGAAUCUUGGCAAGGGCAUUUGUUCAGGCAUAUCGUAAAGCACUAGCUAAUGCCUCAAAAAAUGGUGUUGCGCAAGAGACAAUACAAAAUACUAUCCGCAGAUCUGGUAAGGUGAUGACAGAGCAAGAGGCUCGGCAGAUUCUUGGUGUUUCUGAGGAAACUCCCUGGGAGGAGAUUGUGAAGAAAUAUGACAAUAUGUUUGAGAAAAAUGCCACAAAUGGGAGUUUUUAUCUCCAAUCCAAAGUUCAUCAAGCCAAGGAAUGUCUAGAGGCUGUUCAUCAAGGCAAGAGUCAGGAUACCCCUAGUUGAGAACUCAAUUUUUAUUCAUCAUAUAAUCCUUGUGUAUAUCAUUUUGGCCCCCAAGUUGUAUACGAUUUGCGUAAUCAAAAGUUCCUGAAUUUUUAAUUCUUUUAA